AUGAAGUCCUUCACCCUAGCCGCCGUUGUUGCCUCUUUGGCCACCGCCGUCUCUGCCGACUGCCACGCCGAUAACUGUGCCCGUGCUGUCACUGGAACCCGUCUUGGUCCCGCCUUUGUUUCCUCUGCCAGAGCCGACUGCAGCACUAGACAGGCACACACCGAGACUGCUCCCGCUGUCACUGAGACCCAGUAUGUGACCGUCCAGGCUCCCACUUACGCCUCUGCCUGCUCUGGCCUCGUUCGCUACUCCAGCGCUUGCUCUUGCUGGGGCAUCACUGCCACCACCUCCGUGGUUACUCCUACCAUCACCACUACCUCGACUAUCUACAUCGACGGCAGCGAGGCUUAA